AUGAGUUCCAGGGAAUCAGCGGGUGGUCAGCGGCGUGUACAGUCUCAUCUCGGUGUUUCUCCUUCAGUCUCUCUAAUCAUCAGACCCAACAGAUCUCAACACUUCUCAUCUGAAUCUCUCUCUCUGAGCUGUGAGGAUCACAGUAAAUCUACUGGAUGGAAAGUGAGAAGAUACACAAACAAACUGGAAUCGUGUCCAUCAUCAGACACUAGAUCUACAGGAACAACAUCUACAUGUACAAUCAGAUAUCUCGACACAUCUGAUACUGGAGUCUACUGGUGUCAGUCUGAAUCUGGAGAGAAACUUCAUCAUGUUAAUAUCUCAGUACACAAUGUUGAUGUGAUUCUGGACAGUCCUGUUCAUUCUGUGACUAAAGGAGAUCCUCUGACUCUACGCUGUUUAUAUCGAGAUAAAACCCCCACUAACCUGAGAGCUGAAUUUUAUAAAGAUGGAUCAGUGGUGCAGAAUCAGACUACAGGAGACAUGAUGAUCAUCCCUACAGUCUCAAAGUCACAUGAGGGUUUCUACUACUGUAAACACCCAGAGAGAGGAGAGUCUCCAAAGAGCUGGAUCUCCGUCAUGGGUGACACUGUCAUCUGUUCUUGGACGACGAGCUAUCGUGGUCUGAUAGCUGGAGUGGUUGUUGGUGUGAGCGUCAUGUUUUUGAGCAUUUAUUUGUUGCUGUGGUCCAACAAAAAGAAGAAAGGUUCAUCCUAUGCCCUUAAAGAGAACACAAGUGAAGGUGACGACAUCAUGUACUCCAAACUAAAGAAGGGAGAAGAUCAAGAUGUGGCUUCUGGAGUGAUGUGACUAAUACUCAGAAAAAAUAAAAAAAAAACCAUAGGAGAAAAAUAAGAGAGAUGUAUCCAUAAAACAACCUGUGAUUAUUAUAACACUUAGGAUUUGAUUAUUAAUCAAAUCUAAUGCAUUAACAAAUCUUUCAAUGCCCUACCUUUAAAGCUAGAAAUUCAGUACCAGUUAGAGUUUGGUGAUAAUGAGAUCAUCAAUGUUUAUAUGUACUAAUACUUAUUAAUACUUAAUGAAAUAUGGAAAUUAAUCUUGUUUUGAAAUCAUAACAUGUCGUGGUACUAAUGUAUCAAAAACAGUAUCCUGAUGGGAAAGAGGUGCUGAUUCCUCCAUACGAGAUAUUUACAGUGAUUGAUAUCACAUAUGUCAAUAUCUUUGGCUGACUACAGUUUGUGAAAACAUAAUAUUUGCACAUGUUUAAGAAUAAUUUGCAUGUAAGUACUUUUUAAUACUUUUAUAUAAUAAGAUGUUUUUGUAUAAUAAAAAAAUCGUCCAGCUGUGCUCUCACCACAGUUAAAGCAGAGAAUGGGACAUUUAAGCAAUAUAGCUCAAGAAGGAGUGUGAUAAAGCUCUAUAUAAUCACGGGUGUGAUUAGGUCAGAGGAAAUCACAUAUAGACGAUAUAGAGCUAUAUCACAUGACUCCGAGAGCGAUAUUGCUUUUAUACAACAGUUCAGCGGCACACGUUUGAAAAAGAAAACUAGAAAACAACAACAGAGUUAUUUUAAAAGCUGCUUUGUUUGAGAACUAGCUAUGGCUAGAAUGACGGGUAACAGUUUCGUCUGUUUUCAAUCUUAUAAUAACUCAAUAGACCAAAUAGCCGUUUCUUAAAAUUACCGUUUCUUGGUCACAAAGUGUAGUUUUAAGAUUAGUUAAGUCGAUAAUAUAUAUGUAUAAUAUUCAAAUCUGCAGUCGGUUAGUAAAGAUAGCGCCUAUUUGAACAUUUGCUUAGAAAGAUUCUGUAAGUGAGAAACAGACGCAUCAGCGGACGUCAGUGUUCGCUCACCCCGCUGAUCACUACCCUAUCUGGGCUGCAUCUCUGACAGGGAUUUCCUGGCUCUGAUGUUGGCCCUGUCUGUUUUUGAUGUUCAAAAUUGAGAUCAAACCAGCAGUAUUUGGUGUCAUGAAACUAUUACUUGUUUUCUUAUUUUUAUUUAGGGCGUUUUCACAUCUGUAGUUCGGUUCAUUUGGUCCGGACCAAAAGCAAAAAAUGAUACAUUGUAACUUUUUUAGCAGAUUUGGUUCCAUUUCACACCACACUGAUUGCUCUGAUCCGCACCAGUUGAAACGAUCCAAAAUUCUGUCAUGUGAUAAGAUCAACAUCACUCAUUGGCCACAUGUAUUUGAACGUAUUUCCUAAACGGCUUCUCAAUUGGUCAGAAUCAACGUGCGGGAAAUUCCAACGGAACCCCGGGAAGUACAGCAGACACCAUGGACAGACGUCUGCGCGCUGUAAUUAUGUCUCCGUGGUUGUUAUAGUUUGUAUACAGCACUCUAGACAAACCGUUCAUUUUCAGAAUGAAUCGAUGAUGCGGCUUGAAAGCAACGUUUAAUGCACUACAAACGGCGAAGACAAAACAUUUCUAAGGCUCGGCACGCACCUCCUCGCAACUCCAGGUAUGUCCGCGAUUUGUCAUUGUGCUAAUAUUGCUAAUAGAAACUGUCAACAAACACUUCCUCAUCCGAUAAUGCACUGCGCAGUUGACUACGGCAGCUGGUUUAGUCCAAAAUGCGCAGUACUUUUGCAGUUAGGUCGGUUCGAUCUCGGAUCGUGUUCUGCAAGGUGGUCUCGGUCCGCUUGUUUGGUCCACUUUUGGUGCCCACCAGAGUUUGAUUGCUGCAUUCUCACCUGCCCAAACGAACCGCACCAACUGAGCAAUCGAACUCUGGUAUGAUUCAAUCAAACUAAACAAGGCAGGUGUGAAAACCCCCUUAGUGUCUUUUGUGUUGUUAUUGUUUUGGCGCAAUGUAAAAAUUAAUAAAACUAAAUUUAUAUACUAUUGCUUUUCCAUUUAGUCUUGCGGUACGAGCACUCGCUUAUUACUGGACUUCAUUCUUGUCAGUACUAAAUAAAACAGUUUUUUAUAAGUGUCAGAGAGAUUGGCAUUGCAUACCUGCGGUGAACGUGAUAUCACCAAGUAAGAUGUGUCCUUGAUCAACACCAUUGUUCGUCCUGGAUCAACAUUUUCGUUAACCAAUCAGAUUGCAGGAUUAGGGUGUAUGUUAGAUUUAGGUUUAGGAUUGGGUUAGGGGCUUUUAAGAAAUACUCCUCAAACUACUAUUUCACACUAUUUUGAGGGUUUAAAAAUGGUUAGGGUUUGAGUUAAGGGUAGGUUGGGGUAUCUUUGACUAAAACGUUGAUCCAGGAUCAACAAAAUCUUUUAAAUCUUACUUGGUGAAAUCACGGCGACCGCAUACCUGCAGUUCCACGGCGGUUUCGCGUACUAUUAAUGGGUGAAGAGAAAUCGCUCCAUAGAAAAUGAUUGUUUUCAUAGUUUUAUUCCAAGUUUAUGUUACUCAUCCACACAAUGUGACAUCAUUGCACUUAAGUUUACAUCCAAGAGCGCUGAUUUUCGACAGGAUAAUCACUUCCGAUUAGGAUUCACAGACUGAUUCACAAGCUAGGGAACUUAUUGAGACACAUGGAGAGUGUUUAAAAACAGCGCAUCUGUGUGUGUCUGUGUGCAGCUUUUCCAGUCAGAGAUGAGCGAAUGACUCAUGUGUUUAAAGAAGCCUCACUAACUAAUAAUAAAAUGAUCAGUAGGUGGCGGAAUGAUACAAACGGUGAAGCGGUUACUGUUAUGUUAUCAGUACAAUAUCAUACGCCUGGGAAGAGCUCUUAGCCAAUCAGGUUCGAGAACCAGAAAGAACUGUUGUAUAAUAAUAAUUAAUGCUUGCAUAGAGAGGUUUGAUGUUUUUGGGGCAUCCCAGCCUUGAUGUUCGAACAAUAAAGAUGUACUUUUUGACA